GACAUGAGCUCCAGCGUUUCGAGCGUGGACGAUCUGCUGAGCUACGGAGAGUACAACGCCAAGAAACUCCUGAUGGCUUCGCCCGUCGGCGCCAGCUUCAUCCACAAGUUGUUGCAGAAGAUUGAUGCGUGCAAGUAUUCGACAUCGUUCUCAGGGGUGGACGCGCCCGGGUCGGCGUUGACGGUCACGGCGGUUCAGUUCGCCGACGUCUUGGCGGCUAUCUCUGGCUACAGGCACCCGGGCCCAUUCCACAUGCACCAUGCGUUCAGCAUCGAAUACUGCUCCGCGUCCAACGAAGAGCUGAAGGCGCACCCUUCUGCGCCCGUCUGCAUGUUCGGCGAUAUCACGGACUUCUUCGUGCCUCGCUUGAGGAAGGAGAUGGCGCACUACACCAGGCGGGGUGUCAAGAUCCCGCUGCAGAGCUUGCUCCCCGUCCUCAAGUGCGGCAAGGCCGUGGACAUGAAGUCUUGCGCGUGCUUGGUGCACGGCCCCGGCGGCCGCGAUGGCAGCGGCAACUGCAAGCCCGAGAAGGCCGACUACCACUGGGCGGGGAUCCCCUGCGUCUCGCUGUCACCUGCUGGGAGGCGAGACGGGACUGACGGCUCAUGCAUGGUCGCUUGGAGCGCGUGGGGUGCCAUGCGCUGCCAGCUGAAAGAACCCGUGGUGCUCGUGGAGUGCAGCGACAGGCUGAAGCCGGAGGUGCUCGACUCGAUUCUUGGCCACCUCUACGUGAUCACUUAUGACAUCCUCGACCCGACGCGUUUCGGGUGGGUGGGGCGGAGGCCCCGUUUCUACGCCAUGCUGAUCCUCAAGGACUCUUUGAUGACGCAGUAUUGCGACAUGACUCUGAUGGCGAGCUUCUUCAGCAGACAAUGCGAUAUCUCGUGGCGCGAUCUCAUGUUGUCCACUGACAAGGAGAAGGAGGACGAGAUCAAAUGGGCUCUCUCGAGGCCCACGUCAAUCUCAAAGGGCAAGGAGGUUGAGGAGGUCUUGGCGAUGGCGAACCCCUUUCUCGCGACUCUGACGACUUUCGAAAAUGGGGUGCUGCGCGACUACCAGGGGGUUCGCCCUGGAGGAUGCUACAUGCUGAGCCAGAGGCCCCAAUUCUUCAACACCAGCAGCGAUAGCGACUCACCGCUCCACAGCAUCACGGCCAACCCGGGCUUGCAUUGGUCUGACCGCGACUCGCGUUGGUUGACCAAGCGCGAGGUGCUCCUGAUGCAGGGCUUCCCCGUGUACUCUCACCUGGUCUCUCCGAAGUGCAUCAGGUCCGAGCCCGUGCACGCGUGCAGUUUCGCCGACGACAGGUACCGC